UCUAACCAGUUUCAUCUAUAUAACAAUGGAAUAAAGAAAAGAUCAACAUCCAAUGAAGUUUAUUUAUUCGCAAAAUUAACUUGCAUAUGUUCGUUUGUCCGCAAGAGCACCUGCAUAUCAGAAGUGGCGGGGUGCUCCUAAAUGACUCACAUAGGCCAUAAUGUCGGACUCGGAAGUCAGUAAUAUGUCGGAUAGUGGCUCCGAAGAUGGAUCCAUUUCCAACAAGUCGCAACGGAGUGCCCGCUCCAAGUCAAGAUCGCGUUCCAGGUCCGGUUCCAGGGGAUCUCGCUCCGUUUCCAGGUCCAGAUCACGCUCCCAAUCGGGCCACUCUAGAUCUGGCUCGGAAUCUCCACAGAGACGAGACAAUCGCGGCAAGAGCGAUGAAUCCGGCGAGGAGGAGGAGGAGCCACCAGGCGAGGACAUCGACUCCGAGGAGUACGAUGAGGAGGAGAACGACGAUCACCCAAGAAAGAAGAAAAAGAAGGAGCGUUUUGGUGGCUUCAUCAUUGACGAAGCUGAAGUGGACGAUGAAGUCGAUGAAGAUGACGAGUGGGAAGAGGGUGCCAAUGAAAUUGGCAUUGUGGGCAAUGAGAUUGAUGAGCUGGGUCCCACAGCCAGGGAUAUUGAAAUUCGUCGACGAGGCACAAAUCUUUGGGACACUCAAAAGGAGGAUGAGAUAGAGGAGUACCUCCGUAAGAAGUACGCCGAUGAGUCCAUUGCAAAACGCCACUUUGGAGAUGGCGGUGAAGAGAUGUCAGACGAAAUUACCCAACAAACUCUAUUGCCCGGCAUCAAGGAUCCCAAUUUGUGGAUGGUGAAAUGUCGCAUAGGCGAGGAGAAGGCCACAGCGCUUCUUCUGAUGCGAAAGUACUUAACCUACCUGAACACAGACGAUCCAUUGCAAAUCAAAUCUAUUAUUGCACCAGAAGGCGUCAAGGGAUACAUUUACCUGGAGGCCUACAAGCAGACUCAUGUUAAAACUUGCAUUGAUAACGUGGGUAAUCUUCGGAUGGGCAAAUGGAAGCAGGAAAUGGUGCCCAUCAAGGAGAUGACGGAUGUGCUAAAGGUGGUUAAGGAGCAGGUUGGCCUUAAAGUGAAGCAAUGGGUGCGCUUGAAGCGCGGUCUCUACAAGGACGACAUCGCACAGGUGGACUACGUGGAUCUGGCCCAGAACCAAGUACAUCUCAAGUUGCUUCCUCGCAUUGACUACACACGCAUGCGAGGAGCCUUGCGAACAACAGCAACGGAGAGUGACGAUAACAAGCGCAAGAAGAAACGCCGCCCAGCAGCUAAACCUUUUGAUCCAGAGGCCGUAAGGGCAAUUGGAGGUGAAGUACACUCAGAUGGUGACUUCCUGCUCUUCGAGGGAAAUCGAUAUUCGCGAAAGGGAUUCCUCUAUAAGAACUUUACCAUGUCGGCCAUUCUCUCGGACGGUGUAAAGCCCACUUUAGCCGAGCUAGAACGCUUUGAAGAAUCUCCGGAAGAGGUAAACUUGGAAAUUAUGGGCACCGUGAAGGAUGAUCCCACUAUGGCUCACUCAUUCUCAAUGGGCGACAAUGUGGAAGUCUGCGUGGGAGAUUUGGAAAACUUGCAGGCCAAGAUUGUGGCUAUUGACGGCACCAUGAUUACUGUCAUGCCUAAACAUCAAGAUUUAAAGGAUCCUUUGAUUUUCAAAGCCAGUGAGCUGCGCAAAUACUUCAAAACAGGAGAUCACGCCAGAGUGUUGGCUGGUCGUUACGAAGGCGAAACUGGUCUCAUUAUUCGCGUCGAGCCUACAAGAGUGGUGCUCGUCUCCGAUCUUACCAAUCACGAGUUGGAGGUUCUGCCAAGGGACUUGCAACUGUGCUCGGAUGUGGCCACAGGUGUGGACUGUCUCGGCCAGUUUCAAUGGGGAGAUAUGGUGCAACUGGACUCCCAGAAUGUGGGUGUCAUUGUGCGAUUGGAGCGUGAGAAUUUCCAUGUCUUGGGCAUGAAUGGCAAGUGCAUCGAGUGCAAGCCAACUGCAUUGCACAAGCGAAAGGAGAACCGCCAUACGGUGGCUCUGGAUGCAGAUCAGAACCAGAUUCGCCGGCGCGAUGUAGUCAAAGUGAUGGAGGGACCCCAUGCAGGACGUUCCGGCGAGAUCAAGCAUUUGUACCGCAGUUUGGCCUUUCUCCAUUGCCGCAUGUACACGGAGAACGGUGGAAUAUUUGUGUGCAAGACUAGGCAUUUGCAAUUGGCUGGAGGCAGCAAGACGAACGUUAAUAAUGCCGGCAUGGUGGGCGGUCUAGGAUUUAUGUCGCCGCGCAUUCAAUCGCCCAUGCAUCCAUCCGCUGGUCGUGGAGCUCGUGGUGGCGCCCGUGGUGGACGAGGUGGUUUCCGAGUGACCCGUGACCGUGAGAUCUUGGGUAAAACCAUUAAGAUUAGUGGAGGACCUUAUAAGGGCGCCGUGGGAAUUGUGAAGGAUGCCACCGAGAGCACGGCUCGUGUGGAACUGCAUACCUCAUGCCAGACGAUUUCGGUGGACCGGAAUCACAUUGCCAUUGUGGGAGUCACCGGAAAAGAGGGCAGUGUCUCCACAUAUGGACGCACCCCAGCUCGCACUCCCGGAUACGGUGCCCAGACUCCCAGUUAUACCGCUGCCGGAUCGAAAACUCCGUUGGUGGGAAGCCAGACGCCCAACUGGGAUACGGAUACUCGUACUCCUUAUGGCACAAUGACACCAUCGCACGAUGGCAGCAUGACACCACGACAUGGCGCUUGGGAUCCCACGGCAAACACAACGCCGGCCAGGAACAACGAUUUCGAUUACUCCCUUGAAGAGCCCAGUCCCAGCCCUGGAUACAAUCCAAGUACUCCUGGCUAUCAGAUGACUUCCCAGUUUGCCCCGCAAACUCCUGGCACUCUGUAUGGAUCGGACAGAAGCUACAGUCCAUUCAAUCCCAGCCCCAGUCCUGCUCCGUCGCCGUAUCCCGUUGGCUACAUGAACACUCCGUCGCCAUCGACUUAUUCACCGAAUACUCCGGGUGGCAUACCGCAGUCGCCGUACAAUCCCCAGACACCUGGAGCCAGUCUGGACUCCUCGAUGGGCGACUGGUGUACCACAGACAUUGAAGUUCGCAUUCACACGCACGACGACACCGAUCUCGUUGGGCAAACGGGCAUCAUCCGCACCGUUUCGAACGGUGUGUGCUCCGUAUUCCUGCGCCAGGAGGAUCGCAGUGUGUCCAUCGUCAGCGAGCACUUGGCGCCAGUGCUACCAAGCAAUGGCGACGAAUUCAAGAUCAUCUACGGCGAUGACCGCGAGUCCGUGGGCAGAGUGCUGUCCAAGGAUGGCGAUGUGUUCGUCUGCAGGAUUAACGAGGAUAUCAAGUUGCUACCGAUUAACUUCCUCUGCAAGAUGAAGUCCAUCGACUAAGCUCUACACACGGAUUGACGGAAUUCUUCUAUGAAAUACACAUUAUUGCUAAAAUUAAUAAUUCAAAUAAACAAUUAUUGACGUUUA